GAUUCACAUCGAUUUCGCUUUAGUCGUUGUUUAACGUUGUCGUCGUGAGUUCGGCUGGUUUCACUCGUUCGGCAAAUCGGUCAAAAGAAAAAGAGAAGAGAGAAAGAGACAAAUUCGUCGAUUACGGAGAGAAUAGAUCGAAACUAGAGCACUCCAAUUAACGAAAAACGACGAGAGAUCGAUGAAAAUAAAAUCGAAAAAAAGAGAAGAAAAGUAAACUUUGUUCUCUGAGAGAAAUUACUUAAUUCCCUUCAGUGAUUCAUGUGCAUCUUUCUUCGUAAUAAAUAACAUAGCUCAGCGACGCGAUAAGUGGAAAGAAAAAAAUAAUUGCUUUUCUAGGCAUCGAUCAUAAGUCGAAUGAAGAGAGAAGAAAGAUAAAUAUUCUUCCUCUUUUUGCUACACGGGAUGUGAAGAGAAGUCCAGAGAAGUUGUUGAAGGCCCGUCUUUCCAUUCUUUGCGUCCUUUUAAUUAUAAAGAUCAUCAAACGGGGACCAAUAGAGUUCUGUUGAUACUUCUUCUGUCGAGCCUUUUGAUUGCACAAAUGGGAAAAGAAGGUCGGAGAGAGGAUCGUUGCAUUUUGUGCUUUGAAUCAUGAUCACACAUCGAGCAAAGAGAGUCGGCAGCAAAGUACCUUUACAUUCUUCAACAAAUAUAUCAAGUGUCAAAAAAGCAUACGCCACGAAAAGUUUAUAGUUUCUUGUUCGUGUUGACAGAUGAAAUGUUUUUUACUUUUCGAUUGUAGGUAGGCUUGCAACUAAUAAAAAAAAUCUCUACAACGAGUGCAAGGUAGAUUUGACAGACGAGGAGAGAUGCUAAAUAAUUCUUUGCAGUUUAACGGAAGGGAAGGAUAGACGAGAAAAAGGAGCCUGCAUCACCGCAUGUAAAAAAAAAAGGGUAUUAGCAGGAAAAGUUGGCGAGAAAAGUUGAGCAGAUGUAACGACGAAAGACAAUCCUCUUUUCGUGAGCACGAUCAGAUGGACGUGGAAUAAGAUUAAAAUAAGAGGCUGCAGCCAAGUGCGAGAGAUAAAAGGAGAGAGAGAGAGAGAGAGAGAGAGAGAGAAAGAGAAAACCUGUGAAAAGAAGACGAAGCAAUGCUGCAUAAAAACUAAACGGCAAACUUUCGCUGCGAAGCAAUUAAAGGAAUAGCAGUUAGACCCAACGAGAGUGAUGAUAAGAUAAGAAUGAAGAAAUUCGCGACAAACUUCGGAAUUAGUGUUCUCUUCUUUUCGUUCUCCGUCCUGUUAGGUUCGCUUACUGCGGCGAUUUCAGGGAUUUCGACCGUACUUGCCGACGCCGAGAAGAAUGUCGACAGUACUCCGAUGCAUAGCGUCGAAUUGACGCAAAAGGGCUACAUUCAAUUUCUCAGAUGGGCAAUACCCGUGCCGGAUAUUCAUGAGUUUACAUUCUGCCUUUGGAUGAAAUCAACUGAUCUCAAAUAUCCACACUCGAUCUUUUCAUAUUCGAGGAACGAGCGGGAACGUUUGAUUCGAUCUUGGAUAUCAUCGCGCGGAAGAAGCAUUCAUCUGGAAAUCGGCGGCGUGGAGGUACUUCGAAGGUCGGUUCGUAUACAAGAGCACCGCUGGUAUCACAUAUGUCAAAGUUGGGAGAAUCGGGUCGGUCGUUACGCCCUGUGGCUUGACGGGCAUUUGGAGUUGCAAGGUCAUCUCGAGGAGAUAAUCGAAUAUGUGAUUCCGGGAGGCGGUGAUAUCGUCCUAGGUCAAGAAUAUACGGACUUCGAUAAAGGGCUAGAAGAGGGCAUCGAGGGUUCGGUCUUGGGCUUUAAUUUUCUGCUGGCCUCGGCGUUCGAUUCUCUCGAUAGCGGCUAUCGAAGACCCUUCCGAUCAAUCAAUGGAGCUACGGAUCAAGCCAUGGUUCCCCUUGUCCGGACGAAAAUGGCAAGGCGCGAUUCGAAUCUCAGAGCGGCGCGUGCACUCGACAGACUGAUUUCGAUGCGAUUUGCGCUCAAUCCUAAUUGGUCCCGUAAAAUCUUCCAGCAGUCUGUCGCAACCGUUUCGCCAUAUCGAUUAAAUAUCGCCAACGGCACACGGAAAGAGGAGACAUUGCCGAUUCGUAAAAAUGCGAUAUUUAUUGAUGACUUGAUCGAAGAAAUCAAUUUAUCUGGAAAACCAUCGGACAAUUCCUUGGGUAUACAAUUAGUGAAAUUGUCUUACUCUCACUGUCAACUAGGCAAAGGUAGCCCGCCCAUAGGUGGUUCGUUAAUGUUGAUUUCUUGGAGCAGAACACCUGUAAGGAUGUUUGGCGGUGCUACCAUAAAAAAUGUCGGUAAUGAAUGCGGUAAAUUUUAAGGGAUUUCCCUUGAGAGUACGCAUAUUGUAUCAAAAUGGAAAACAUAUAAUUAAAUGAUACUUUUUAUAAAAGAAGAAGCCUUUGUCAUAAAAAAAAACAAUUAAUAUCAGAAAAUUGAAAGUUAGAAUUAUUAAGUUCAAAAUUUAAUAACUUUUUUUGUGAGUAAAGUAAAAUGUCUGUGUGUAUUUAAAAGAAAUAUUGAUAAUAUUAUAAUGAUAUUUUUAUACAGAAGUAUUUUUAUACAUUAUUUGUAUUUCAAAAUUUUCCGUAUUUUAGUGCCAUAUGUAGUAAGCUUGUUGCAGUCACCGAUAAAUAAUAAGCGUAGACGAAUUAGUUUUGAUUCUUAUUAAUACAUUUACGAGUCACGUAACUUGUCUGCGCGAUUGCAGAGUUUCAAGUUGCGUAAUUACGGUUCAACUUGAAACUCCAUCCGCAAUCGAUGAUCUUGCUUCACGUACCGACCAGCGUUAAUUAAUUCCAUGAAAUUCCCUUCAAUGUAAUCAUAGUCGUGAAAGAAAAAUAUAAAUGUUUCAUACCAUAAAUAAACCGCGACUUUUUUCUCCAUUUGACAAAAAUAUCGAACUUCAAAGAUGUAGCUACUGUGCGUACAGCAAGAUUAAACAAAUUACAAAGUCAUGAUAAUAAAUCUUUAUUCCAAUAAUUCCAUUUCAAAUCGAGUAGAAGAAAAGUCAGCCAGACAAAGUGUAUGUUUAAUAUCACUUAAUAAAAAAAAAAUAAAAAUUGUAUAUAUGCUAUUUAACGGUUGACGUUGUAAAUUAAGUCCUCAACAGUUUAAAAUGGAGCUAAUUUAUAUUUCAUUUUUAAAUAGUUGAUUUGUCCUUUUCUUGUACGAGAUUUUGAAAGAUUGUAGCUUUUGUGUAUGUUUAACAUCUUUUUUGUAAGCGGAAUUUUGACGUUUGUUGACGUUCCGCCUAUUCCUUUGACAUUGAUCACGUGUACAAACGUUCUGAGGAUCCGGCCGGAGACGUUUCUCGCCGGUGGCGAAUUGCGCCGGAUGUUGAAAUUCCGUUUUCAUUUCUCGCAAUCCGGAUCGCCGCCGGCGAAUAAAACGUGCUAUCGGGAACCUCUAUGUAACUCGCGUUACAUAGAGUUUCGUAGUGCAGACAUAGUUUCUACCUCUAUAAUAACAGUACCUUUUUUGUAAUUUUUCUCCGAUAAUGUAAGUGUUCUAAUAUAUAAUAUUAAAAGCUA